ACCAUGAACAGAUAGUGACGUGGGGAAAGCCAAAAAAAAAAAAAACCAAAAACUUUGUCUCGAAUGUGCACGUGACUAUAAGCGAGAUUUACUCGAGACCUGAAGUAUCAUGUCUGAUAACGAAGCUGUCGAUGCCGGUGGAACGGCCAUCACCUGCAAGGAGGGGGAGGGAGGAGAAGACACAGUGUCGUUGAGUGGUGCGGCGAUGCCAGACGAAUGCCGGACAGCAGAUAAGCGCAAGGCUGACCCAGCGACGGAAGACGACGACGAAGAUGAUACCAACAACCACGAAGGCAAGCCAGAGUUAAAAAAGAAAUUCAUCAUGUGCCCAUCUCUCCGAAAUGAAGAAGCCAAAUAUAUGAUUAAGUCUGAAGAUGAGCUGAAACAGUCUCAGAAAUCAGCGCCAAUCAAAAUGUCACUAAAUACACAGAAAAAGUCUGAGAUAAAAGCACCAGUCAUCAGGAAAAGUGCUGCUGUUGCUAAAGCAUUUAACCCCGAUGAAGAGGUGGGUAACAAACCCUUAUACAUAAGCAAUAUUUGGGGUGGAGGUUUGACUUUUUUCACUUUGUAACUGACACUUCAACAUUUAGGGAGUAUGACCCUGAAGAAGAGGGUGGUAACAAACCCUUAUACACAAGCAAUAUUUGGGGUGGAGGUUUGACUUUUUUCUCACUUUGUAACUGACACUUCAACAUUUGGGGAGUAUGACCCUGAAGAAGAGGGUGGUAACAAACCCUUAUAUAGGCAGUACCUGACGUUUAUAUCAGGUCCUCCCAUAAGUUCUGCCCGAUUUUGCCUUUUUUAACCCCUUCGUUACCAACCCGGCUGAAACCGGCUCUGGCUCUGAGUACAAAUGUCUUGUUUUCAUAAGUUUUGAAUUAAAAUCCACCACCAAACC